AUGGAUCUACUUGAGGAAGCUGAGUUCACUGAUUGCAAGCCAGUUGCCACCCUAAUCGACAGCAAACUUAAGAUUACCAUAGAUGGCGAAGCAAUCAAGAAUGUCACAUAUUAUCAAAGAUUGGUUGGUAAGCUAAUCUAUUUUACCCUUAUUCGUCCAGAAAUUACUUUUGCUAUCAGCUUGGUUAGUCAAUUCAUGCAUGCACCCAUAGUUGAACAUCUCAAUAUUAUUAAAAGGAUCAUUCGCUAUCUUAAUGGGUCCAUCAAUCGGGGUAUUCUUAUGCAUAACAAUCAUUCCACUAAGAUUCAUGCAUACACUGAUGCUGACUGGGCAGGUAGUGCAAUUGACGGAAAAUCCACCACUGGUUAUUGCACAUUUGUUGGAGGCAACAUUGUUACUUGGAAGAGUAAAAAACAACAAGUCAUUACCCGCUCGAGUGCUGAAGCUGAGUACCGAGCCACGGCUGCUACUGCAUGUGAAUUGAUUUGA